AUGUCAGAAGUCACAGCAACAGCCGCACAGAGGCUGGUCGCAUUGCUUACGGAAGUCGAGCCCGAGAACCAACCGCCCUGGCAUUCGCCUGUGGAUCUUGAUGAUCCAGUCCAAAACCGUUUAUCUAUUGUACUGGACGCUUUGGCUCGAAUACUAGUUUCUUCACCGCGACACGAAGUGAUUGCCGUUGGAUACCAAACCAACCACGAACGGGCUACAGCACCACAAGAGAGCAGUGUUAGCGACGAUGAAUUUGAAAGAACUCCCCCACCAGUGGUGCACGAGAAGACUUUGCCGAAAGAUCUACGGGAGAGAAUUAGCAAGUUGAGGGUUUCAAUCUAUGUAUUCUCGUUCGAGAAGUUCGGACAACGCUUGGAAAACCGUACAGAGGCACCACACGGGUAUCGGGUUUUACAGAGUUUUGUCGAGGGUUUGACAGGUGACGACGAGGCCGCCAAUCAUUUAAGGUCUGUAAACCGCAUACUUGAUUGGAUAACAAGAGUCCUAAACAAGAAUUCGGGUAAGAUACCGCCGGAGAGAAUGCUAGUGUUCGUCGAUGCUGUCGAUCGAAUUCGUGCUACGGCAGACAAAUUGUUCAAGAUACCUUAUCAACCCUCGCCAGCCUUUCCGCCCCUGGAACGUUUUCUCAGGAAGUUAUCUUCUGUAUCAGGAGCCACCAGUAUACUUCUCAUGUAUGCUUACUCGCCUCGGCUCUAUAAAAGAUAUCUAGGGAGACUUACAGAACACUGGAACACUAUCGUCGAGGCAGUUGUGAAAGAUUCCGGUGCCAGCAGUGUGUUGGGCGGUAUCAGAACCAAGCCCAGUUCCUCGAUAUCACGUCGAUUCAGAAGAAAGGUGAAAGUAGCCGUUCAUUGUGAGUGCCCCGCGCUCCACAUCAUCUCAUCUACUGCUCUCUUAGGACCAGCAGUUGGAUAUAUAGGUGUUUCCAAACUGUCAUUUCUGGCGUGCUGGUUGUUCCUCCAGAGCAUGAGGUGUGCGGGUUACAAUUUUAAUACGAGGGGCUGCCGUUCUAAAGCCUAUUUCCCGUGGAAAUGUCCGGACCUGGAGAUGAGAGCAGCGGGCCUCCCAACGGAAAAGAAAGCGGCAAUCCUUGAUUCCUUUUGUCGGACCCUCAAAGAGAGUUAUGUAAGACGGUUGCACGAUAACUAG